CGUCUGAAAGAAGAAGAAGAAGAAGCUCAUUGACUGACGGACGGGAGGAAGAAUAUGACAGGGCGCGCGAAAAGAAAACCAAAAUCGGUUAAGGAGUCGGCAUCAGGUCCGCCGAAGAGAGCCUGCACUGACGGGUCCGAACCAGUACCGUCAGCUAAGGUGAGCUCCGAGCUCCGAGAGCAGAUCGUUCAACUUUACAAGCUUCAGAUGCCAGAAGAUCUAUACCAUUUUUGGGACUUUUGUCAAGGCCUUUGUCCGGAUGACCCCAGAGAUGCGUUGAUGGACACACUGGGUUUGCGGUUGGUCGGUCCGUUUGACAUUUUGGCUGGGGCGCAUAAAAAUACCCAGAAUCCUCAGCAACACCUCCACCUGCACUGGAGGUACUUCUGACCCCCUGAGUUCCAAAGCAUACUGCAGGGCUGUGCAGACACCCAGCAUCACAUGGGCUACUACAGAGACACUCCUGACUCUCUUCCUUCGUUCGUUGGGGAAAAUGAAGCCAAGAAGGGCUGUGGCAUAUCACAGCUGGGAGACAACGUCUUCGCUGCUGUCCUCCUGUUUCUGCUGCGGAAGAGAAAACAGAGGGAAGUUCAGAAAGGAAAAGGGGAAUCCUUGGAGAACCUGGAGAGCAAGUUGAGGGGCAAGGCGGAGACUCUGGGCCUCUCGUUGGAACAGAAAACCAAAGACAUGAAGCUGAGGGACAAGAAGGUUGUGACCAAGACAUUCCACGGGGCUGGUAUUGUGGUUCCUGUAGACAAGAAUGAUGUUGGAUAUAGAGAACUGCCGGAGACAGACGCCGGCAUGAAGAAGAUCUGCAAGGCCAUCGCCGAGGCCCGCAGCGACGAGGAGAGGGUGAAGGCCUUCGGACCGCUGCAGGAGAUGAUCACUUUCGUCCAGUUUGCCAACGACGAGUGUGACUACGGCAUGGGCUACGAGCUGGGGAUGGACCUGUUCUGCUAUGGCUCACAUUAUUUCUACAAGGUGAUCAGACAGCUGCUCCCUUUGGCCUAUAACCUGUUGAAGAGGAACCUGUUCGCUGAGAUCCUGGAGGCCCACCUCAGCAGCCGUUCCCAUGACAACCUCGAUCAACUUUCUGCCCAGUAGCCGCUUAGCGUCCCACUCGUGUUCAGCUUUCUCUGUUUAUUUGGUUUUUCCCAGUGUCAAUGAUGUUGGCAUUGGUGGUGCUGCCUUUGUCCUGCCAACUGAAUUGUCUUGUUUGUGAAAAGUAGAUGUUAAAUAAAGUAUUCAUUUUAUAUUUUUAAAAUUCUCUGAUUUUUAAGCUUUAUGAAGUUCAUGAUUUAGCGGUCAUAUUCCAUUCAUGAUCUACAACAACUCCUAAUAUUUUUUUUUGGACAUGAGGCAUCAUUUUAACCAACGUCUUUUAAUAAGGUGAAAUGGAGGGCAGUGUUUGAAUGGAAAUAAAAUAAGUAAUUUCGGAACAUGUAUGCUUUACCAAUGUAGAAAUAUAUUGAAGAGGUUUGAAGUCUACUUAACACAUACCCCCUGAGAUCAACCUUUAAAUAAGUGAAGUCUACACCCGUCAGUGAUAAAAUUGGAG